GACGGCUGCGGCAACAGCAUGAGCCAGGCAGACACCAGCCACGCUGAGAUCACAACCCCUGACUCGGACUCAGGCCGGGUGGCGGUCGCCUUGGCCUACCAGCGUUUCGAGCCCCGCGCCUAUCUCCGCAACAACUACAUGCCACCCCGUGGGGACCUGAGCAGCCCUGAAGGCGUUGGGCCUUGGAAGCUGCGCUGCUUGGCACAGACGUUCGCCACGGGUGAAGUGUCUGGGCGCUCCCUCAUCGACAUUGGGUCAGGCCCCACUGUCUACCAGCUGCUCAGCGCUUGCGCUCACUUUGAGGACAUCACCAUGACCGACUUCCUGGAGGUGAACCGCCAGGAGCUGGAGUUGUGGCUGCGGGAGGAGCCAGGGGCCUUCAGUUGGAGUGGGUAUAGCCAGCACGUCUGCCUCAUCGAGGGCAAGGGAGAGUCCUGGCAGGAGAAGGAGCGCCAGCUGCGGGCCAGGGUGAAGCGCAUCCUGCCCAUCGACGUGCACCAGCCCCAGCCUCUGGGUGCUGGGAGUCCAGCGCCCCUGCCUGCUGACGCUCUGGUCUCUGCCUUCUGCUUGGAGGCCGUGAGCCCAGACCUUGCCAGCUUCCAGCGGGCCCUGCGCCACAUUACCACCCUGCUGAGGCCUGGGGGACACCUGCUUCUCAUCGGGGCCCUGGAGGAGUCGUGGUACCUGGCUGGGGAGGCCAGGCUGGUGGUGGUGCCAGUGAGCGAGAAGCAGGUGAAGAAGGCCCUGGAGGAGAGUGGCUAUGAGGUGCGGGACCUCCGCACCUACACCAUGCCUGCCCACCUCCGUACCGGUGUCGAUGACGUCAAUGGGGUCUUCUUUGCCUGGGCCCAGAAGAAGGUGGCGGAGGAUGUAUGA